CUCCCUCCCUCUCCAUCCAGAUCCAGGCAAACCAAUUUCUCCAGCAAUUUUCUUAGCAUACAAACUCAGUCUUCCCCAAUCUCAUUCCGAUUCUCGCCAAAUCAAAUCUCUCUUGAGAUGUCGCUGAUCCCAAGCUUCUUCGGCCACCGUCCUUCCUCCCUGGACGUUUGGGAUCCCUUCAAGGAUUCUCCAUUCUCCCAAAUUUCUCGGGAAGAUUCGGCGUUCGUGAGCACCCGCGUGGACUGGAAGGAAACCCCGGAAGCACACGUGUUCAAAGCAGAUCUUCCCGGGCUGAAGAAGGAGGAAGUGAAGGUCGAGAUCGAAGACGACAGGGUCCUGCAGAUCAGCGGAGAGAGAAACGUGGAGAAGGAGGAGAAGAAUGAGACCUGGCACCGCGUGGAGCGGAGCAGCGGCAAGUUCCUUCGGCGGUUCCGGCUGCCGGAAAACGCGAAGAUGGAUCAGGUGAAGGCCUCCAUGGAGAACGGAGUUCUCACCGUCACCGUUCCCAAGGAGAAGGUGAAGAAGCCGGACGUUAAAGCAAUCGAAAUCUCCGGCUGAAAUGACUCACUCUUCCCUGCCACUGCUAUUAUAAGAGCAUCUCCAAGGGGAGUGCCAUUUUGGACUGCUAAAUUACUUAUUUACAACUUUGAAUAGUGUUAUAGCACUUCUAAAAAAUAAAUCUGCUCCGAUGGCAAGUGCCAAAAUAGUGGUAUCAUUAA